UUGAACGAUGCGUAAUUUCUAUGCAUAUAAAAAUUUAAGUUUACAAUUUGUAAGAAAUAUUCCUAAUCUGUAAGUGAUACGUAAACAAGUAAACAUGCAUCACGAGAUCAAAGAUUAGUAAUAGGGUGAUGCCACGGAAAAUUUACGAUUUAAUCGUGAUAAUAAAAUAUGGGAGUAGGGGAAAUAGGAAAGCCUGUGUCGAAAGGAGUGUCGAACGUGGCGCUUCGAGACGUUCAUUUGAUAAGAGAACAAAAAAAAGUGGGAGUAGGAAAAGGAAAGUAGUAGGAAGACCUAAGAAAGAAAGAGGAUAAAAGGGAAAGAGGGCAGGAAGAAAACCGUUAAAUGUGAACGAGCGUUCGUAUACACGGGUCAUAAAGUGAUAUUAAUUGGCAGCUUCACCGACGCAUGGUUAUCAGAAUUCCUAUCUUCUAGAAAAUAACAAUGGCGACUUUCAAAGCAAAGAACUUUCGCUUGGCUGAUAUUAAUGCUGUAUUCUUCGAUUUGGACAAUACUGUUAUCGAAACAAGAAAAGCAGACAGUCGAACUUGUCGAAAGCUGGCUGAGGAGCUGACACAAGAAUAUGGAAUUCCUGAAGAAGUAUCCAUUAAAAUAACGACUACGUAUUUGAAGCUAUUCAGAAAAUGUCCAGAUAAUUGUACCUGCUUGUUAGAUGCUUGGCGAAUGUUAUUAUGGAAAAAAGCAUUAGGAGAAAAGUAUUCGUAUUUAGCCAAAAAUGUUUACGAGCGUUGGCUGUAUUUAAGAUACCAAUAUUUGGCAUUAGAAUCUGAUGUUAUUGCAUUACUUCGACGGUUGAAAGAAAAAUAUUUGUUGGGAUUAAUAACGAAUGGACCAUCCAAUUCACAAUGGGAAAAAGUGAGAAAGCUUUCAUUGGAACAAUACUUUGAUAUUAUUUUAGUAUCAGGUGAUUUACCAUGGGAAAAGCCAGAAACAAGAAUUUUUGAAGAGGCAUGUCAGUUACUUCGUGUAGCACCAAGUAAUUGCAUAAUGAUUGGUGAUAAAUUAGAAACAGAUAUCUUAGGUGGAAUAGAAGCAGGUUUUGGUGCCACUGUAUGGAUACCAAUUGUAGACAAACCACAUUUAAAUGCAGAUGAUCCACAGCCUGAUUUUAUUGUCAGACGUUUAACGGAUAUUUCAAAUAUAUUGAAUCGUAAACCAGGUGCACCGGAACUUGAAGAUACUUCCUCUAAUGCAUCUGAUGGCAGCUAAUAUAAUACUAUGCUUCUAUCUUCUUUUUUAUAAUGCAUAGUACAGAAAUAUUCUACAAUCAUACACAUCUCAAAAGUGACUAGUUAUAUUUUCAGUAGCUAACCGAGUUUGUGUUAGAUAUUGCAAA